AUGGUCGACAGGUCUGGAGGACUGGGUACCUGGCUGGUGAGAUGUCUGACCAUUGUUGGUUGCUUCCCAGCUUACUCUCUCGGGGUUGAGGUGGACCAGUUUGAUUGGCCUCUGAUUUAUGGGGUUGGAUUGGAUCGGUGCCUAUGGAUUUGGGGAUGCUUCAAUACAUCCAAGAUACAUGUGUGUUCAAAGGACCAAGACCCUUUUCCCCUAUGGAUCUUCAUCGGCCACUACAAAUACAAAUCUUGUGGACAUGGUCCAUUCGGCGGCGAUGGACCCAUAGCUACUGAGCUUAUGGCGAAAUGGGACUCAAUCGGUCUCAACCUCGUGCGUAUGAGCCGGACUGGUUGGAAGGUUGUGGAUCUGAGUCUAGAUAUGUAG